AAGACAAGAUGGCGGAUGAGGAGGAAAGGACCCCUCUCCUGAAAGAAAACCCAGAAGAACACGCACAGGAACUCCCCCCACCUUACUCUGAUGAUCCCAACAAUUUUGAACCAACUUCGUCCUCUAAUGAGGUGACAGUCCCUCCCAUCCAGCCUGAUGAACUGCCCCCACCUUACACCCCCACCCCACAGGGGGGGUUGCCGAUGGUCAACUGCAAGGUGUGUCAAGCCAUGAUCAACAUCGAGGGGAAGAGUCACCUGCAUGUGGUCAAGUGUGGAGUCUGCCAGGAGGCCACGCCCAUCAAGGCAGCGCCACCUGGAAAGAAAUAUGUGCGUUGUCCGUGUAAUUGUCUACUUGUCUGCCGCAGUGCUGCACAAAGGAUUGCCUGCCCAAGACAGAACUGUCGCCGUGUGAUCAACUUGAGUGGUGGGGUAACAGCCAGUGUGACGGUCCGGUCCCCAGGCUCCGGACGGAUCUGCUGUGCCUACUGUAACCAGAUCUUCAUAUUCCAGGUGAAUUCCCGACUGUUGGCUCGGUGCCCUCACUGCCGUAAAGUGUCGGAGGUUGGCAGUGGGUAUGUCCCGCGGGCACUGGUCUGUCUCAUCAUGGGGGUCCUGUUGCUGGGCGGCGGUAUCGGGGUCACGAUUGGCACCUAUGAGAUAGCGAGUGAUUAUGGAGGGAUCUAUGUGGUGUGGACAGGUGCAUUUAUUUCUGGCAUCUUACUGAUCAUCCGAGCCAUGUAUUACUUCUCAAUCCGUAGCAGCACAGUGGUCGGAAAUGCUUAAUCACAGGUCAAGGUCACAGUGGACAGGUCAAGGUCACCUCAGGUCAGAUGGGCGGAACAAGCCACCUGACCAUUCACAAGUAGCCACCAAAUUCCCAAUUAAGAUCAACCUGAUAGUUUUCCUGUCCACUGUUUGUUACAUUUGUUUAUUGUUAUGACGAAGUUCAAGCUUAACCAUGGCAAUUGGUUUCAUCAUAGAAUUUUACUGAACGCUAGAAAUGUUAUGCAAGAAUACACGCGAAAAUAUGAGGUUGUAACGCUUAUUCCAACAUCAGUUUGUGUGCCAGAAUAGUUUAAUAGGACCCAUGGAAUGUAUGGUAUGGUAUUGUUUCAGAUUUGUUGUACAAUAAUUAUAUAAUUCUGUUGUUAUCUUUACAAUUCUAACAGUUUGUGAAUGAUUGUUUGAUAAGGAUUUGUAUAUAAGAAGUUUACAAUGUUUUCAUAUCAGCAUCGUCAACUAUAUUGUCCGAUUUACUUGUGUCUUGAAACAAUGCUUAUCUGCCUCAGUGACCAGUGUUUUGUAGAAAUGCUUGAUUGAGAUUUCUCAUGUAGAUUUGAACUCAUACUACCUAAUCUGACUGACAUAAUGACAAGAUAUUUAGCUUAUGAUAUCUUAAAGAAGACUUUGAAUAGGCUAUUGAUCCGGAUUGUUGAGGGUUUGAAGGAAAAACUUUGAAUCUGCUCUGAACUGUGAAAUGACUAUUUCCAGCCUUUGAAGAUUAAUUGAAAUGUAGGGCGGUGGGGUAGUCUAGUGGUUAAAGCGUUGGCUCGUCACGCCGAAGACCCGGGUUCGAAUCCCCACAUGGGUACAAUGAGUGAAGCCCAUUUCUGGUGUCCCCCGCCGUGAUAUUGCUGGAAUAUUGCUAAAAGCGGCGUAAAACCAAACUCAGUCAGUCAGUAAUUGAAACUAGUAAGAACUAAAAUAUACGAUUGAUUUCAGCCAGGUAAGAAGGUUGAGAAGCUUAUUGAGGUAACUCCCAUGGAAUGAGGGAAGAACAAAUGAGGCUGUCCCGCCAUUGACGCCUAUCUACUUACUGUCUUUCAUCAACAGAGUUCAGAUGACAAUGUUUGAAACAUCUACUGUGUUGCAUUAGUUCUCUAUUUUCAACAAUCCAUACAUACCUGAAGGAUGCUUUACAGAACCUGCCGAGACGAUGCAGUACCGUGUUGUAUAGGUCAAGUAAUUAUUGAUGUGCCAUUGACUGAAUUUGGCGAAUGCCUGAUCUUUUCUGCUGUUAAGUACCAGUAGGCAUUUCUUCAAUUAUACUCACUACAGAAUGAGUGCUCACUUUUCUCAGUACUCAGGGUAUAUUAAUGUCUUGACAUUCCACUCAAUGAGUCAUGAUACAGACUUGGAGAAGAGUAUGUCACUAGUCAUGAAAAGGACUAGUUCUUUUUACAAAAAACCAUGAAAUUAUGAAUAUUAUAUUGUUUCUGUGAUGUAAUGAGGAGAAAUGGAUGACAUUUGUCUCUCCAGUAUUUUGUGCAAUAAAGGUAAACACAGUUAAAUUGCAGCAAGCCUUUUUUUGUUGUGCUGUAUUCAUGCAAAAUGAGCAGUGCUGAAAGCACUCGUAAAAUUCCCCAAUUCUUUCUCUUGGUACCAACCAUUGUGUAUGGAGUUCUGUUGGUAUUAUCAUAAUAUAUUAUGAAUUAUUCGAAUUGCCAAAGUUAAACAACAACUAUUUCAAUAAAAGUAAUUCUUUAUUAUAUCUUUUGGCGGGUUUGGCCAUAAGGCAGAAAAUAUAUAGCAACCUAAUUUCUAGACUUGACCAAUCACAGCUGUGAGGGAAAGAUUUGGGGUUGUCUAUGGCCAUAUGUUCUCUAUUCCUGAUUUGUCAGACCAACUGUUGUUGCCAUUGAUGUUAUCAGCUACAAUUCCUUCACUUGUACACAGGAUUUUUUAAAAUCCUACUCAUUAUAUGCCAUAAUUCUGAACUCAUUCUGAUGUUUUAAUUUUGAAACUAAGCCAAAUUCAAAGAUGAUUCAGAUCGUUUGUAUUCAUGAUUAAGAUACUAUACUGAGAUGUGAUAAAAAAUCAAGAAUGAUUUAUCAAAUAAUGACACUGAAUUAUUAAUGAUUUAAAUAUAUUUGUGAUGUAACAUUAAAUCCUAUUGUAACUAUUGUUGAUUACUACAUGUUAUUCAUUGUUGACAAUUUCAUUCUUACAUUAUGUUUAUGAUUCUAUGACAUGUAUAGUUUCCAUUUGUUAAUAUUUCACAACUUGACACAGUUGACAAGUUUUAGAUAUGUCCUAGCUCUUAAACAGAACUGUUAGAAACCCAAUAUGAAGAUGCCACUGCCACGCCUGUCUACAAUACACAGACUAGAGGGUAUGGUUGUACAUCAUUAUUGGCAGUCUUCUAUCAAUAUCCUGGCAAAUGACAACAGAAAUUGGAAUAGUACAUUGCAUGCAUGUACGAGAAAUAACGCUGGCUUUUAUUGUGAGGAGCUAAUGCUCCAAAUACUAGGCCACCCAAACUGCCUCAUGAACCAUUAAUAAUGUGUACUUAAAGAACCAAGGUCACAAAUGUAAAAUGAAUAUGCCAAAUAGAAUAUCUCUGAAAAUUGUGUUGUGUCACAGUAACAAACAGUUUUUUUAUAGAAAAAAUAAUGAAUGUCUCUGCUUUGGAAUUUUUUUUAGCAGUUUACCUUUGCAAUUAACAUGAUCAACUCAGAUGAGUUUUUAAGGAUGAAAUAUAGCAUCAAGUUGUCAAGAUCCCUUCUAUACUGACAUGUGAUAGAAUAAAAAUGUAUUUUGGUUUAAGAGGUUGUUUUUUUUUAGGUAUCUCAGGUUCUUGAGAUAAAGUUGGCACCAGAAAUGGUGGAAUAUUAAAAAUAAAUAUGUAAUAAUAAAAUGAACAACUGCACUCUGGCUUAGAGACUUAAUACCAGCAUCUGUUAUGUACAAAACAUGUUUGUCAUCACUCUGCUUAUCUGGUUGCCAAAUGAAACUGUUAUUGAUAAUCAUGUAAACAUUGGUAAAUGCAUUCCUCGGUGAAACUGUGAUCCUUCGUGUCUUUGUUCAGAAUACAGAACUGUCACUUUUUGGCGAUGGCAGUAGUGAUACAUUUUGAUAAUGAUGUUGUCAACAUUGUUCAUAAUGUUAGUUAAUGCUAAUAUUCAUUGUAUAUACAUCACCCUGUUGAUUUUUUUUUUUUGAGUGUACUGAACAAAACAAAACACUUUCAUGAUCCCUACUUAUUUUGCUCAGUAUAUACAUGUAUAUUGCAAGUUUUUCAACAUUGGGACUUCUAGCAUAUACGAGUUUUGUUUGUACUGUAUAAUGUAUACGGGAAACUAAUAUUUCACUUCCUUACAAAAAAGAUAAUCCUUAUAAAGUUAAGGAGUUUUCAUAACAUGCUAAUCUUUAUAAUAAUGUUUUUAAAUGGGAAUUAUAUAAGAUUGGGUCAGUGUGAAACUAAGGUCUCAUUUUUAGCUGUAAUUAAUACGAUUAUAUCAUGUCACAUGACAUGGUUGCAGACCAGAACAUUCGGCUGUGCUAUUUUGAUUGGGCACUAGGGUAUUUCAGUAUUAUUACUCCAAUCAUUACAAUCUUUUUGUUGUUAAAUUUACAACAUCUGUGAUGCCUUCUACGUAUUGUUUAGAUAUGGUACCAAUAGCAUAUCAUCGUCAUGACAACACUGAAAUAAACAUUUCAUUCAA